CUCCAAUGACAAUAACACUUGGCACAUAUAAUGGUGCAGCAAAUUGCGAUGGUAUUGAAGGAAUUCCUAUAUCACAAACAUUUACGGGUUCUAUCAGGGAUGAACCAAAGCAAUUAUUACAAUUAAUAUCCAGCUAUGAUCAUGAACCACUACUUAAUAUUGUUUCACGUUUACCAGUUCAUAUGUGGAUUGCUAAACAAAAUCCAAAAAAUUCUCCGGAUGAUCUUACACAAGAUGGAUCAGCUACUAUUCGUCUAUAUACAAUGGAAUGGGAUUCUGAUUCUAGCGAACUAAGCGAAAGUCUCUAUUUAUUUCUUACAGCAUUAGCUGAAAUAUCAGCAGCUCCUCGUCAAACAGUUUGGCGCGGUUUACGUCUAGAUCUUAGUAAAGAUUGUCCACCAGGUGAAAAAAUAACAUGGUGGGCAUUUUCAUCAUGUACAACAUCAUUAAGAGUUCUUGAAUCUGAUUUGUAUUUGGGAAAUAUUGAAACAAGAACUCUCUUUUCAAUUGAAACAAUUAAUAGUCGAACAGUUCGUUCUCAUUCUCAUUUUACUACUGAAGAUGAAAUUUUAUUAUUACCAGGAAUAUUUCUUGAAGUUAAAUCUCAAUUGAAUCCAGCACCUGAUUUACAUAUUAUUCAUUUACAACAACAAAUACCACCACAUGUACUUCUUGAACUACCAUUUGAAAAAAUAGUUUGGUGUUGUAGUUGA